AAAACAUUUUUUAUCAAUUCAUAUAUAAAACUAUAUUUUUAAAUCAUGGAUGAGUUAUUUGCAUUAAAGAACCUUUUUUAUACUGGUUCAUUUCAACAAGUAAUAAAUGAAGCGAAUUCACGGUCUCAAUUAUCAGAAACGGCAAAGUUAGAACGUAAAAUAUAUUUAUAUAGAGCGUAUAUAGCACAAGGAAAAUAUAAUUUGGUUAUAUCUGAUAUUAAAAGUUCUGAUGAGAUAGAUUUACAAGUAAUUAAAAUUUUGGCUAUUUAUUUACAAGCAAAAACUACUAGUGGUGGUAGUGGUAGUAACGGCAGUGUUGGUGAAGAUAAAAAAAAGGAAGAAGCAUUAAAAGAACUUCGUGAAGUAAUAUUAAGUGAUCCUUCUAAUGUAAUUAAUUCUACUGUACAAAUUAUUACUGGAACCAUUUUUUAUCAUGAAGGAUUAUAUGAAGAAGCAUUAAAGAUUCUUGUUAAGCAUAAUAAGAAUCUAGAAUGUGUUGCUUUAAUCAUCCAAAUUUAUUUAAAAUUGGAUAGAUUAGAUCUUGCAAAAAGAGAAUUGGCAUCCACAAAAACUUGGUCUGAAGAUGCAAUGUUGGCUCAACUAAUUGAGGGUUGGGUUGGUUUAAGAACGGGAGGAGAUAAAUACCAAGAAGCUUAUUAUAUUUGUGAAGAAAUUGCUCAAUCACCUUCUUCUAAUACCGUGAAAAUAUUAAAUGGUCAAGCUGUUUGUAAUAUUCAUCUUGGUAAACAUGCGGAAGCUGAAACUUUAUUACUUGAAGCUUUAAAUAAAAGUAAUGAUGACCCGGAUACUCUCGUAAACCUUAUUGUAGUUUCUAAUUUAUUAAAUAAACCUGCAGAAGUAGUUAAUCGUUAUAUCAAUCAAUUAAAAGAAGCAUCACCAAAUCAUGCAUUUUUACAAGAUCUUGAUCUUAAAUCAAGUUUAUUCGAUAGAGCAGCUCAAAGAUUUGCACUCCCUUAAAGUAAUAUUAUUUAUCAUCUAAUUUAUUUUUAAUGAAAGGUCUGGUUAAAUUUAUAUAAUGAUAAUAAAAAAUUUAGAAUUAU